AUGAGUUCAACUGAGACCGUGCGAACACCGACUUCUCAAGGCAAGCGCAGGACCAGUGAGCUCGGUUCUGCAGCUUCAGGUCGAUCCAGUGUUGCAAUUUCACUUCGUCAAGGCAACUCUCCUGGUGCCAAAGGCACCAGCUCUCUCAGCGACCAGCCAUUCGACUCACAAUUCAACCACGUCAUGUUUGAGGAGAACAAUCGUGGCGAACUUGCGAAAUCUAUCUUUGCGCUACCUUCGUUUCGUACCGACAUAGGCUCUGUGGUUCAGCAGCAAGUGAGCAAGGAACUUCGUGACCACCUGGAACUAGUACGAGAAGCUCUGUCGCUGAUAUCGAAAGAAAUGACAGCUAUCAAGACUGGCUUGGAAUUGCCACAGACGCUGCAGGAUGAACAAAAAGCCCAGGGCGCUUCGCUCUUGACUCGUACCACCAUUUCAGAAAAGCAGACGAAGGAGGCCAAAGAUGUUGCUGAGGAGACCACGAAACUUCUCGAGCAGUACCUACCAGCAUAUGUCUUUGGUAAUGCUCCUAACCUACCCAAGCACACCGAUGAGGAGAAGAAAAACCGCCUACCAACAAUCAUCCAGCAGCAAGUCAGCCGAGCCAUUGCCAAUGCUGAGGUCAACACCUAUCUCUCCUAUAUCCGCAAGGUCGAAAACAAGGCCACUUUCCUGAAGCAGUACUCUAGCAUUCGCAAACCGAAUGAAACCGAUUCAACUCAUAGCGCAAACCUGACGAAGCAAUAUGGUCUUGAUCAAUGGAGCAAGGGCCAGCAACUCACACAUGAUCUGAAGGAAUGGAAGGACCCCAGAACUAAUGAGGUACACACCAUCCACAAGCAAGGUGCCCCCAAAUUCGAACGUCUUAACAGUAUCAAGAAAGAGCAGGAAAAUAAGAUCAAAGCCUUGGAGGAGGAACUCAGCGCUCUGAAGGAAAAGGCCAAUGCAUCCCGAAUAGCUAUGGAGGAGGAUGACCACACUGACUAG